AUGGCGACAUCUAAAGUUCUUCUCCUAGCGUUUUAUAUUCUCUUGGCUCACGCAAGGUUGACAAACGCAGACGAAAAAACUCCAGUGGAACUUUUAAAAGAUCUCAGGAAUCUCCAAAUCAAUGCAAUGAUUACAGAGGAAAAAGAAAAACUGCGUUUAAAUGCAUCGGAUAGUGUUGCUACAGCAGCUUUCUAUGAAACACGUAAAAGAGUUUUGGAAGCCGACAGUGAAAUCUUUGAAAUCAACGCUACCCCUUAUUCACCAUUUAAGGCAGAAAAGAGUGCUAAGAACCUUGGUUAUCUUGGCAGAGGUUACGAUGUAUUGUUUGGUAACCCUUUGGAUGAAGCUGGCCGAGUAGAUCCUGGUUUCCGCUUACAAGCAGUAGAACUGGGAUACUUUCAAAACAGAUUUUCUGAUGACGGUGAAUACCGUAUUCCUGAUAACGCUGAUAUCAUCAUGGAACCUAGUGCCCUGUUCUCCUCUACCUUCAAUGAAAUGAGAACCGAAAAUGACUAUAAGCAGCAACUUAGUGAAGAUGUUAAAACAACGGCUGGCUUUGGGUUUGGUGCGGGUUUCGUUAGUGUAUCAGGUGAAUUUUCUCAGAGCAAAAGUUACCAGAGUACCAAAGAAAGCAUCAAAAAAGGCGGGAAAGUCAACAUUGAUAUCAUUGGUCGAGCAAUAGCUUACAAGGCUUGGUUACAUACUCUUGGAGACAUGAAUGCAUCUGUUGCUUUACAAAAUACUAUCAAAGAUCUUCCUGCUCAGUGCCCUAAUCCUGAUAACGAUUUAUCAUCUUAUUAUCGAUUAAUUCAAAAAUUCGGAACCCAUUUUACGAGAGUCACGACCAUGGGAGCCAAGGCUGUCCAACGACUGACAAUGACCACUGAAGAGAGUAUGGAACUAAAGCACCAGGGAAUUAGCACCAAUCAAGUCGUGAGUGCAAGCGUUGGUUUCUCGGCGAAGGGUGUCAGUGCAAACGCCAACUUUGGACACGAAAAAAGCUCGAGCUCUGAUACUAAAGUUAGUGAUACCCUUAAGAAGAUGAACAUACAAAGAAGAGAGUUCUGUAUUGGUGGGGAGCCUCCGUCUUUGCCGUACUCGCAAAGAUAUUAUUAUUCUAUUAAAAUAGAUGGAGAAGAAAACGACGACCCCGGUAUUGGUAGUACCGAGUCUCUUCGUCAAUGGGGAAGAAGUGCCUUUGAAAGACCUGUCCCUAUUCAAUACCAGCUGCUGCCAAUCAUGGAAUUGUUUGAAAAGUCAUACCUACCUAAAGUCAACCAAGCCAAAAAAGUUAUUGACGACAAAAAGAAUUGUAUGAAGAUUGCCCUUAUGAAUUAUUGUUCCAAGGUUGCAUCCAAUUCGGGAGACUGUGUUUCUUAUGAUGAUGGUAGUAGUGAACCAAAUGCAAUACGCUAUGGGGACCUCAUUGCAAUACAGAAAGGAGUGAGUAAUGGCAAGGCUGAGUAUCUUGAUGUUCCAGAAAAUAACCCAGCGUUUGCUUUAGGAGAUAAACCAGACUACUUGAAGGUUAUGCCUGUUGAUCCAAAUGCUUACUGGAAAUACGGUAAUGCUCUUCAUUACGGAGAACCAUUUAACUUACUCAGUGAAUAUGGUGGACAGCAGAAAAUUGUUAGUUGCGGCUAUGGCAACAACAAACACUAUGCUAUUUUUAACUAUGGCAAGAAUGAUGACGUCAAAAUCACGUGCGAAGAACAAGGUUUCCCUGUUGGCAAAUGGACAACUGAAGAAAAAGAAAGUUGGUGUGGAAAGAAAGGCAAAGACAUUCUCGACAGAAAGAUGACAGUUAGAGAAUGCGAAGUGGACUGCGUAAAUAAACUACAGGACGAAUGUGUUGGCAUUCAAUAUAUUGAGUCAUAUCAGUAUUGCUCUUAUUGUAAAAAGACAGACGGAGUUAAACCAUACAAAUUCYAGCUUGAUACCUCACCGGUAUAUUUCUACGGAAGACUUGAUAAAAAAGGAGUAUUGCCACAACCGAAGCUGACUGUAACUCUAUAUUUGGCCUCUCCGACUGGCAAGAAAGAGGGAAGUAUUGUUAUGGAAAACGAUAAAGCCUAUAUAGGAGUUACAUCCUACGAAAGUAGAGAUACUUUGUAUGACGUUCGCCGUCCAGCUUUCCUUAAAGCUGUUGCAAAGGCGAUACAAGUACACCAGGACAACGGCAUACCCAAUACCAAACACAAUGAACUGAAAGAAUGUACAAAUCGCCCAAAAGAUACUCAUCUCGAGUGCUCAUUUUGGUUCRAGAUUCUAGCUACCCAGAAAAAUCUUCGAAUCUAUCCCAACGUACACUUUGAAAAAGAAAGCGAAUCUCCAGGGAAUUGAAGUAUUCGGUUGCAUAAAAUAACAUUGACCUAAUGCA